CAUUCAACUUCUCUACAACACUCUUCCGCGUGUCAUGCUGCCAUCUAGAAACCAUUAUGACGUGAUCGUGGUAGGCGCCGGGGUCGUAGGCCCCGCCGUUGCGACCACGCUAGCCAGACAGGGACGCCGCGUGCUCAUCGUGGAGCGCGACUGGUCGGAGCCGGACCGGAUUGUGGGCGAACUCAUGCAGCCAUCAGGGUUGCGGGCUCUCAAAGCCAUGGGCAUGUUGCUGGCGAUCAACAAUGCGAACGCCAUCCACGUGGACGGGUACUACGUCGCGUACCACGAUACGCAGGUGGACAUCAAGUAUCCCUUUAAAGCUGACGUAGCAGCUACUGAGCCUGUGCCACACUGUGUAGCCGAUACACUCCACACCGAUGCAACUUUAGACGCGGUGGACUGGGAGAGCUGUGAGCGGGAACGUGGUGUCGGAUUCCACCACGGGCUGUUCAUUCUGAACUUGCGUGCCAUCGCCAAACGUGAACCGAACGUGACGGCGUUGCAGGGGACGGUAACCAAGUUAGAGGGCUCAGAAGUUGUCACUGGGAUCAGGGUUAAUAUAGAGGAUGCUAAGAACGUGUUAUACACCGCUGACUUGACCGUGGCAUGCGACGGGAUCUACUCCAGGUUCCGCAAACUGAUUUCCGCAAACAACAUGCCCGUGACGGGAUCCCACUUUGUGGGGAUGACCUUGAAAAAUGCAGUGCUUCCGGCUCCUAACCACGGCCACGUCAUCUUGGGCGACCACGCCCCGAUCUUGCUCUACCAAAUCUCCCCCGAAGAUACGCGUAUCUUGUGUGCCUACCGCUCUGCGAAGCCGCCAGCCGCCAGUGACUUGCACAACUACCUCCAAGACCAGGUGUUACCCCACUUGCCAGUAUUAGUCAAGCCGUCAUUUAAGGCGGCGUUAGCCGCUGAAAGACCCAGAGUGAUGCCUAACCAGUACUUGAGCGCGCGCCCAAACAAAGUGCCCGGCUUGUUGCUUAUCGGCGACGCAUUAAACAUGAGACACCCGUUGACCGGUGGAGGCAUGACCGUGGGGUUAAAUGACGCCGCGUUGGUCGCGCGGAUUUUGGCUCCCGAGCGCUGUCCGUCGCUUGCAAAUCACGCGCAGGUACUUAAAUGUUUGACCGAGUUCCACUCGAGAAGAAAGAGCCUCGACUCUGUGGUGAAUGUCUUGAGUAUCGCUUUGUACACGCUCUUUGCGGCAGACAAUGCGAACUUGACCAUCUUGCAGAAGGGCUGUUUCGGCUACUUCUUGCGCGGCGGCGAGUGUGUCAGCGGGCCGGCUGGGCUUUUGAGCGGUUUGUUGCCUAGCCCGUUUGCCUUGUUCUACCACUUUUUCAGCGUCGCGUUCUACGCGUUAUAUCUCAACUUUGGCGAUAAGUGGCGCCACCAGGGCAUUCUUGGGCUCUUGCUUGCGGUUCUCCAGGUCUUCACCGUGUUGUACACCGCCGUGGUUGUAUUUGCCCCGUACUUAUGGAAUGAACUCCUUGGAAGAUUCACAUCUGUGGUAAUCCCUCAACAAAUCAGCAUUACACAACAGUCCGCCCAUGCUUUCUCUCCGAUAGCCAAAGUAGUCCCAAGCUAUAUACCUCUGGCUACGAAUGUGGUUAUUCCCAAGGUCAACGCCUGCGGCAGCGUCAUUUCGUUGGUUCCGGCCCCCACGGAAAAUGCCUUUUACUUGGACUCCGUGAAAAGAAAGCGUAAGUUGAAGAUGAAGAAGCACAAGUUGAGAAAAAGAAGAAGGGCUCAGAGAGCCUUGAAGAAGAAGUUGGAAUAGAGCAUGUCGGCCAUUGCCAUUCAUAUAUAUCCGAUGAAUUCUAAUGUACAUAGUUCUUUCAAGUAUAGAUAUAAUUGUGAUGAAAAACUUUGAAACCGUGAAUUAC